AUGGAGAAACCCCCGUUCCCUGGACCCACACCGCAGAAGCAGGCAGUGAAUGCAAAACACAUGAAGAAUUUGAAGAAAAAGGAGGAGCAGAAGAUGACAAAUGGAAUGAGGGAAAUGGAGCAGAAACAGAAGCAGAAAAGGAAGCACACUGAGAAGGCGAAACACUCAGGGCAGACACAUGCUAAAGACCCAGCCUUACUGCAGCAGUGCCUGGGACCUGGCUGUGUGUAUCCCACCCGACCAGGCUCCAAGUACUGCUCAGAUGACUGUGGCAUGAAGCUGGCAGCUGACCGCAUCAAUGAGAUCCUGCCCCAGCGCAUUCAGCAGUGGCAAAUGAGCCCCUGUAUUGCUGAUGAGCAUGGCAAGAAGAUGCUUGAACGCAUCAUCCGUGAGCAGAAGGAAACCCACAAACACCUGAAGGAUAUGGAGUGCCAUUUCCAUGAACUUGAAGCUAUCAUUCUGCGAGGCAAGCAGCAGGCUGUGUGCGAGGAUGAGGAGAGCAACCAAAGUGACAGGGGCCAGAAAGACCUGCAGAUCUUCUGUGUCUCCUGUGGGCAAGCCAUCAGUAUACGCAUCGCCCUGCACCACAUGGAGCGCUGCUUUGUCAAGUAUGAGCGCCAGUCGUCCUUUGGGUCCCUGUACCCUACUUGCAUUGAGGGGACCACACGGCUCUUCUGUGAUGUCUACAACCCACAGAGUAAGAGCUACUGUAAGCGGCUUCAGGUUCUGUGCCCUGAGCACUCUCGGGACCCCAAGGUAUCAAAUGAUGAGGUGUGCGGUUGCCCGCUAGUGCACAAUGUCUUUGAGUUCACGGGUAAUUUCUGUCGCCUCCCCAAACGGCUGUGCAACAGCCACUACUGCUGGGAGAAGCUGAGGCGUGCCGAGGUGGACCUCGAACGCUUGCGGGCGUUGCACAAGCUGGAAGAGCUGUUAGAGCAGGAGCGCAAGGUGCGCACGGCUAUGACGAACCGGGCAGGGCUGCUGGCACUGAUGCUUCACCAGACAAUCCAGCAUGAUCCGCUCACCGCUGACCUGCGCUCCAAGGAAGACAGCUGA